AAGUAUAUAUCUAUCUAUUAAAAGAGGUAAUUAGCAAUGAAUUCUGAAGAUAUUGAUCUAAUCCCUAACGUUGAUCCAGUACCAAUUAAGGAUGUUUAUAGUGAGGAGAUACAAGGAUGUGGAAGCUUUGCAGUACGUGAGCAUAAUGAAACAACAGGAGAAAAACUGGAGUUCGAGCGCGUGAUAAAUGGGUUGGAACAAGGAAGAAGAUCUAUUCGAAUAGUUUUCACUCUUGUGUUGGUGGCUAAAAACUCCUGUGGAAUUAAUUGGACUUAUACAGCUAAGUCGCUGUUUGAUUUGGAUUCAUCUUCUUAUUUUGGUCUUCUACACACAUUUGGAACCUUUUUUUCCAUCAUGUUCAGACUUCUCAUUCAGAAUCUAGUGAAAAAUGUGUUGGUGCAAAACAAAUUGGGAUCCAAGGAAUUCGGUGACUGCAAAGCCAUGCGAUUGUAUGCGCUCGCGGGAAUUUGUUCAAGAAGGUGGCCGCAUAAAGACGACACAUCAAGGUUAAAGCAUAAUAAAUCAUGAUGGGACGGAAAGCUGAUGACGGUCGAAUCCGAAU